UCUAGGACACCACCACCUUCAAGUUCCAACCUCCUCACUCUUUUCACCCUUUUCAAUUCGACAAAAUGGAAACUUUGCCAACCCAAAACCAUAGCCGCCUCUCAUAAAUUCUAUCAACCCACCUACGACUUGUGUUCAUUUGUUGUAUCAACAAAUUUCUCUAUUGUUUUCAUCGAUUGGAAACUGGGUUUUCUUUCUCUUUGCAGAUAAACCUUAUUAAGAAUCCAUGUUGAAUGAAGUUUUCAUAACAAGAGGAUCUUGACAUUGCUUGUUGCUUCGUUUCCCCUGAGAGAGAUGUUGUGUACUUGUCAUAUAGAAGGAGCAUAGGAUAUUGUAAUACCCCUUUUCAUGUUAAUCAAGCAAGGUUUAUAUAUUAGGCUAUGGAUUGGUACUAUGGAAGCGGCGUUAAUGAUUAUCUUGUUCCCAAAGAUCAGGAUUUAUUGGACAGGCAUCCUUCACCAGACUGUUGGUCAAACUGGGGAAUAAGUGCAACUGAAGGUUUUAAUUCACCUAAAAAUUUUUUUAUCAUGGAUUUCAUUGAAGAAAGUUUCAAUAAUCAAAUUGAGCUUGAAUCAUCUCUGCAUGAUAAAGAUCAGUCUAGCAGUUCAAGUGUAUGUGGGGGAUUGCCUGAGCAAUCUUUUCAACAGACAGCACUUUCAUGUGAUCAGCAUAAUUACCAGCUUCAGGAUCUACCACGAUUCGAACCGAUGAAUGACAUUUUCUUGGAUCCUACACCUGAAGAUCUGCCAUGUGUUGAUGAUGAAAACCUAGACAAAUCCACCAACAUUUCUCCUGAACAUCAAUGUAGCGGUGCACCUGGUAUAUUGCAGAAAGAUAUUGCAGCUUCAAAGUAUGUUUCAUGCAGCUCAGAAUCUAAGGAUUGCCCAGAUACAAAGGCACUGCCAGUCAACAUCUUGGACUCUUUUGAACAGAGCAGUAAUGAUGAUGGCAUGAGUGAGAAGUCAUCACUUGAGGAAUUCAUACUGAAGGAUCUUGAGAUGAUAAUUGGCCAGUUUACUGAGAGGAACCGUAUUUGCUUCCGAGAUGCCCUGUACCGUCUUGCCAGAAACACUGAACAACAGGAUGUAGCGCUAGACCAACAUGGAGAUCUUAACAUGCCAAAGGCAAUGCCACAUAUGGAUCACAAUGAAAUUGUGAGGUCUCAGCACAAGAAACCAAUGGAAUCAGAGACCAACAGUGUUGAUAGAGUAAUUGCAAAUCUUAUGUUCAACAACAUGGAGUUUAACAUACAUAGUCCUCUUACAUCAUCAAUAAACUCUAUGCAACAAGUAAUUGGAAGUAAAUGCGGAAAUGAAGAAAGCUCAAAAGCCUUGAAUAUGGGACAAAAGUUUCAUUAUCCACAGCCUCAAAAAUUACCAGCAGAUGCUGAGGUUCCAAGGUUUGGGCAACUAAGAGACACAGGUUCACACAUUGCGUGUGAAGAUCCUACAAGGAAGUCCUUCAUGAUCGGGUUUGGUUAGGUAGUGUGAUUGUGAGUGUUCUAGAAGUAGCUAAACCAAAAAUAAGAAAAAAAAUAUCAAUUUCAUGUAAUUAUUUAGUUUUACUAUUGCAGUUUCUGUGCUGUGUCUUUGCAUCUGAAUUAUCUGUGUUGUGUUGUUUCAUUCAAAUGCUUGUUGUCUGCAUCAAGCUCAGUUUUGCUUGGAAUGUAAAUGACCGAAUUGAUCUAAUUGUUGGGUCGGGAUUCUUUGGUGUUUAAUACCUUGAUAUUCUGCACGUUAAAUACUAUAUAACAUAUGUCUAUUUUAUAGU